UUUUUACUGUUAGCAACUAGCUAGCAUAAUCACAAUAUCACUGAGGCUUUAUUUGAGAAAUUAUCGAAAUGAAAACGCCGCAGAUGAAGCGCAGUUACUCUAAACUUCCCGUGUGGAUUGUAGAAGAUCAUCAUGAGGUCGUGCAACAUAUCUACCGUGCCAUCGGCUCUCGGCACAUCCCGAUGAAGGACGUGAAGAUGGUUCACUUGGACUCGCACCCCGACCUGCUGAUCCCCGUCAGCAUGGCUGCACACACCGUGUUUGAUAAAGAGACUCUGUUCAGUGAGCUGAGCAUCGAGAACUGGAUCAUGCCCAUGGUGUACGCCGGACACGUGUCCCAUGUCGCCUGGCUUCAUCCGUACUGGGCUCAGCAGAUCCAAGAGGGCGAGCAUAAGAUGUGUGUCGGGAGGGACACGUCCACAAACACCAUCAGAGUCACAAGCACAGAUGAUUACUUCCUGAGCGAUGCUCUGUACGUUCCUGCUGAGCAGCUCGAAGACGGGAAGCCCUUCCAUCUCAGCGUCAUCCGGGUGGAUCCAGCGCACACGUCUGACAGGAACCAGGAUAACGAGCAGCAGAACGCUGCGAAAAAAUCCAAACCGUCGGACCCUCAGCCGGGCAGCAGUGGGUCAUACGGUGGUGUAUCGCAGCCAGCAGAUGGCAGCAGCAGCGCACUGAGUGCAGAGGAAGCCAAGGCUUCAGCUGUAGGCAGCCUACUGAGUGUGCUCAAGCAGGACGAUCCCUACAUCCUCGAUAUCGACCUGGAUUUCUUCUCCUGUAAGAAUCCCUUCAAGGAAAUGUACACACAGGAAGAGUACUCCAUCCUGCAGGAGCUGUACAGUUUCGAGAGGCCGCGUGAGGAUGCAGACGAGGAGACGCUGUGUGAGUGUGUGGAGAGACGAACACGGCAGCUCGAGGAUCUGGAGGUGGUGUUCGCUGACCUGCUGGAGGACGACAGUGAGCCCACUGUGGAGCGCUUAGCGGCUAAGCCUGGGAUGAACUCUCUGGUUAAACUUGUCUGCAGCCUCAAGAGUCGUAAUGAAACUCCAGACUACGAAAUGGUCCACCAGGCCGGUCUGACCUGUGAUUACUCAGAGCUUCCUCACCACGUCAGCAGUGAAGCAGAGAUCCAGCAGCUGAUGCUGACCGUGCGCUUGGUUCUGGGGUCUCUGCCCAAACCCACCCUCAUCACCGUGUCCAGGUCGAGUUUGGAUGAGUAUUGUCCUCCUGAUCAGGUCGACUCUAUUCAGAGCAGCAUGCUGAAUGUUCUAGAAACUCUCUUCGGUUCUUUAGAUGUCCACAAGGAGUACGCAGAAGUUUCUGGAGAAAACACAUCACAGGCCUCAUGAUGAAAGUCAGAUUUAGUGCAGCUCUCUGAUGCACACUGAGUGAACCUGUGUGUGUGUGUGUGUGUGUGUGUGUGUGUGUGUGUGUGUGUGUGUGUGUGUUUAAAUUGAAGCUCCUGGAAUCGAUUUCUGUUUUGUUGAAUUUGUUUUCAGUGAAAGAUGGACCCCAGUGAAGUCCGUGUACUGAAAUCUCUCUCUCACACACACACACACACACACACACACAGAGUUUGUCGUGUCUCUGUAUCACACUGAUUCCUGUGACAGAGGAACACUUUUGUUUCCCACUGAAGAUUAAAUCUUGUAUUAAAAAGUUGUAUUUUAUAUAAAUAUGUAAUAAACUUUCAGCUCUAA